UCUCUUCGAGAACGGUCACGUUUUGAGUGAAGUUGUAAGCUUUUUUUUCUUGUUUUUGUAUCAUUAAACAUAAACAGUGUGCGGUAUUGGAGCAAGUUUGAAGGACUAUCGCCGGCUAUUAGCGUGAAACAAAUCAUCCCUGUUAAAAGGGUUUUUUUUUAAGCCCGAGAGCUUAUUAGUGGCAGUGACUAGAAGGUUUACGCCGAUUCGGCCGAUUAUCCUGUUCAUAGUGGGUAUUACCCGGUAGGAAGGGUGGAAAGAAGAUCCCGAAAACACCUGACUCAUGGGGAUUGUGCUUCUAAAUUUCAAAUUUUAACACACAACACGCACAUGUUGCGCCAAACUAGUUAUUAUGGUGAAUUUGAUGACCUACUGGUUUCUUCAGAGCAGCCACUGUUGAAGUCGUGCCGGUACGGAUCUGCCGCAGUAGUGACGAGGAAGAACGGAAAAAGCCGUUGAAAAUUGGAAGAGGUAGCAGCAGCAGCUGGUCAAGUGGUUACUGUUUUGGGGUGCUAACGGCGAACCGGAUUCGGAUGUGUUUGGCUGUGCGUGUUUGCGGUUGUGUACAAAUUUUGACAGCGCUGCCAAAGCCAGUCAAUGUGUAACGUCCAAGACGUAAAAGGCGGGAAGUGAUCCCGAGUGGCCUGUUGAGUCACCUCGAGUGUUGGACGGUGCGUGUAGCCUAGCUGAUGAAACGAAGUGGCUACUCGAUAAGCCAUGCACAACAAGCUGGACGUGAGCUGUGAAUGUUUCGAAAUUUCGGCACGCCAUCCAGUGAAUGAAUUAACAAUUGCGGCGCACGUCGUCGAUCGCAACUUUCACGGACGGGUUUUUUUUCGUGUGUGUCAACCCGAUCGGGUGGUUCGUUUUGUAUGAAUAAAUAAUCAAAUACAAGUGGAAAUCGAACCUUGCUGAGGCUAUUACCUUUUCGAAACGGGGAAGUUACGAAGAGUGGGAAGAGAAAGAGUGUUUUCAAAAUUGAUGGAAAGUGUUUUGUUGUCGAAUCGAUCGGUGUAAACAGCCUUACUUUACGAGUUUGCCCCAUCAGCGAAAGAAAUGACGAUUAUGGGACAGAUUAAUUAACUCUCGUCGUUACGCUAAAUUGGUUUUGUAACCAACAUCGUCUCUUCGAUGACUGGGGACCAGAGCACAAGUCACGUGAUUCACUAGUUAUCACUGUCCGAAGGACCAACGAGGAAUUGGAUGUUGAGGAGUGGAGUGGAUUGUCGAUUCUACUAGAACCAAAAACGGUAGCAAUCGUUUAAAGGCGCACCGAGGAAACCGAGAACGGUACUGCCACUUGGAAACCUGCUGGGCUGUAACUGGACGUGAGUGGCGGAGCGGUAACGAACAUUGCACUUUUACCUUGCUGGUGAUUCAACAUGUAUUUAGUUCAGACUAUACAAACGGCAUCGCCCUGGAGGCCCCAGCUGCCGCUACCGAAGGACAUAACCUUGCAUGUGCAGCAGCAACAACAGAAACAGAGCAUGGAUAAGACGUCCUCGAAGAAGGACAAAGACAAGAAAUGGUCACUUGGGAACCUGUUCCGUCGGAAGCAGAAGAAAGAGCUGGACUAUGAGUCCAGCUCGGAGGAGGAUCGGAAGGCGGGAUUCCUGCCGGUGAAGCAAAACCGAACCCAAGCGGUUGGACAGAGUGGAACCCUGAAUGGGAAGCAGCGCAAGAAGCGAUCGAACAAACAUCACGGGGGUUUCGAUCACAUCGUAGUCAGUCAAAACCAUGGGAAUAGUUAUGGGUUUAAGGAAAGUGAUAGUGUGAAUUCUAUUGAUAAGUACGUAGUUUCCAUGGGCUCUCUAGAUAGGAGAACACGAAGAGACGCAGGAAAAAUAAAGGACGGUAAGGAGUCUUCCAGUGAUGAGGAAUCGCACAGAUCAUCGUCGAUGUCUAGGUUUAGGAGUGACGAUAGUUUAGGAAAUCACAGCGCAAGCUCAAACCGAAGGUCUAGAACGGCCAGAACGGAGCGAUAUUUGAAGCGGAUGUCAAAGGAUGGAGAGGGUAGUCCUGUUAGUCGAUGGCACACGCAACCGAUAUCGCCAAGCAUGCUUCACGGUAGCAUACAAUCCGUAGAUAACGUUCAUCGUCGGGGGUACCCAGCAGGAGGUCAUCCGAGUUUGAGAAAUUCCUCUAGUCUGACCAAUGUGCCUCAUCUGUUUCACCCUCCUAAUCCAUACGCCCAACAGCAGCAAAUCUACCAGAUCAAUCCAUCGGCAACGUAUGAGAAUAGUUUCUAUAUUCAAAGCAAAGCGAAUUCCAUACGGGACGCUAUUCGAAGUCCUCCGCCGGUGCCACCACGGGAUCCGCAACGUAGAUUGACUAUUGGCCAUCCUCAGGACGCCCGGCCAAUUUCAUACGCGUUUGAUCGAACGCAAAUGAUCGCAACUCAACCCACCAGCAACAUUUGGCAGCCGAAUGGAAAAUGUAUCAGCGAUGAUCGUCUUUGGGGUCCCAAUGUUGUUUUCCAUCAACAGACUUCCACACCUACCAAUUUUGUUAAUCCACAUGUUACCGUUUCUCCCCGACCGUCUUCCGUUCAGCCUGAACCGGUUCAGAAGCGUUACAUUUCGCGACAUCCACAGCAGUCAAAUCAUUCCCCAAAUCAGGGAUAUAUCGUAAUACAGCAACAGCAGCAGCACCACCACCAUCAUCACCCACAUCGCCAUAAUCUUCAGCAGCAAAUGUCACCACAACCACAAGCUCAACCUCAGCCUGAACCACAAGCAGCACAACAGCCAAAACGACCGGCCGAAUACCGGUACGUAACCGAUGUCACGCCGCGAUCACGGAAACCGAUUCAAAUUCAAGAUCGGACCUUUGAACCUUUCGAACAGCCGCAACAGCAAGUUCCAAAACCAUCGUCUCCACCACAAGUUGCCCAACCACAACCCAGUCCAACGGUCUAUAUCCGAACACGACCUCUCAAGGGGGACCCAGAAGAGCAGGGAACACCGAAGACCCCCCAGCAAUCGGCUUCAGCCUUCUGGCGCAAGAUAGAAGAAGAACAAAACUCCAUCAACCGGCACAGCCGAGCGAGCGAUCGAAAGCAACCCGUUCCGGGUGCUAGCUCCCGCUCGGUAUCAACAUCUCGUGCCCUAGAAAUUAUGAACCGCAAAAAUCACCAGCUGACAAAAGAACUAAGCAAUCUGCUUGACAACGAUAGAGACAAUACCUCUGGAGGUCGUCUCUAUCUACGGCAAGCGCAGGAAGCCAGAGAAAAGAAGCUUGAGGUUAAGAAAAAAUCCCGUUCGCCACCGAAGAACAAGUACGAAGAGCACGUAGCGAAAGCAAUCGCCCAACCAUCAACACCAGCAGUCGCAUACAGGAAAUUCAGCACCGGAGGUGAAGCAAAAUCAACCCUUGAUUUCAGUCAUACGAGAUCACCACCUCCUCCCCCGGCACGGGGAAUCUCCAUGCGCAACUCCUGCUCCGAAGAGGAACUAUCGAAGAAGCAAAAAUCUGCCAACCUGGAAGAAGCCAUCAACGAGCUAGAGGCAAUCUACAAAAGCCUCCGACUGAGCGACGAAGAUCUACUCGAUCGAGCCGAACUGCGAGAUGUUCCAACGCCGACGCUGUUCAAGAAGAAAACGAAAGCUACCUCCGAGUACGAAGACGAUGAGGACGAGCGCCGCAACUCCGAACCGGAUAUCCAGUUGGAUGACUUGAGCUUCCGUAGCAUCAAACAGGCGAACGAAAAAAUCAAAGCACUCGAAAUUCAACCCCCGUUCGGUAUUCCACUGGGACCGAUUCCACCCUCACCGAAUACGGACUAUUUGAGCGUACAAGCGGCAAAGCCGUGUAAGCCAAGAUUCAUACCGAAGCGAUCGCCAGAUCUGGUGGCGGAUGACUUGGCCUUCCGGCAGUUGCGCCGCGACAAGGACCUACAACAGAGUGUGGAUCGAGCUAAUUGCUACGCUCCCACGGCGUCGGAUGUGAGCACGGAAGAAAAACCCAUCGCAAGCUACGUGGAGGACGUAAAGAAAAAGCGAAACAGUUCCAAACUGACGUCCAAUACGCUGGCGUCGAACAUUUACAAUCUGAUUCAGAGAGAUGCGGCGAAACCUUCGGGUGGCAAUCUAGAGGACUACUAUAAGAUUGAACAGGUUGUCAAGAGUGUAGCACCGGCUGAGGGGGUGAAGGUGAAAAAACCGGUAAAGAGAGUGGAACAGCGUGCGAAGAGUGGAUCGCCAAAGCUGACGGGAGGUGCAGUUUUUAAUUUGCCUUCAACACUGAAGUCUACUUCCCCGAAGGCGGUAGCUCUGGCGUCUUCGGAGAGUAGCACCAGUACGCCCACCUCGUCGCGGACAAAAACCAGCCCAGUAAUAGUGGGUGCAAAGCACAAAGCCGAGUUCGAGGAUAUUUUGAACGCGAUUGCACAGGAAGCGAAAAGUACGAGUGAAAAGUUGGGAAUGGAUCUGGCGGAGCUUAGGAAGGAAACGAAAUCGGUCUCGAGUGGAACCAGUCCGGAAACUAAGCCGAAUAGUAAAGUGGUUGCUCCCAAGGAAAACGCUGCGGUUGUUGGGGGUAGUAGAAAGUCUUCGAUGAAAGUGGAAGAAGCCGUUGAAGAGGUGAACGAGGCGGCGAAGUAUUGUCAGCAAAUGUUGAGGAAUGUAGCGGAAGGAUCGAAGGUAGAGGUGGAAAAGAAGGUGGUUCAGGAGAUCGCGGAUACUUCGAACGCUGCAAUGCUGUGUCAUGGGAUGAUCAAUAGAGUGAUUAUGCCAACUUCAGUUACCACAGUGGAAUCGUCUGAGAAGUCAGUAGUUCCGAGUGUGUUUAGAGAUUUGACACCGGUACAGGUUGAGGAAGAAGAGACGUUCGAGUCGUUAUCCAAGCGCUGCCAGGAGCAGUUGAGUGAGUUGGAGGAUUUGAAUGAUGAACAGAAAUCCGCUAUUGAACGGGAUUAUGAUAAUUUGGUGGAAAGUAUCAAACCCUUGGAGUCCGAUUCGGAUAAAAAAUCAACGGAGGAGGAGAUUGACAUUAUUAUGAAGGAAUGUGGUAUCGAGAAUGACGUACAGAUUACGAUCAACUCGGUGCCUUUUCAGGAAACCGACAUCAUGACUGCGGGGAGUUAUAAGCACAGUAAAGAGUCCAGCUUGGAUUUGAGUGAUAUUCACGGGCCUUCCCUAACGCCUCCCGAUCCGAAAUCCUCUAGCGAGACGGAACAGUUCCCAAAAUCAUCCGACUUGACAUCUUGUAACUUUCUAUCGUCUAGCGAUUGUUUGAAAUCUAACAGUGACCGUCGCAAGUCCAGUUCAUCCACUGGAAGUUCCAAUAUCGCUUUCGCUCUGCCAACCGAAUCGACGACGGUGGGCGAAGUGAUGAUUGCUUCCGUGAGUACGUCUCAAACCGAAGCAAUGCCGACGUCGCGUGGUUCACCCUCGGAUGGUGAGUCCCAGUACAACUCAUCCGAAGAGCUGGCGAUGAUUUUCGGCAUCAAGAGUCCAACACCGACAGAUAACAAACCGUUCAUCAAUACCGCCAUCCUAGAGCUGGAAAAAAAGCUUUCAUCUGCCACUGCCAACAUAAGCUGCCAAACGCAACAUAUAUCUAGUUUUCAACAACCUCAGCAAAUACUACUGCAACAGCAACAACAAUCGCAAACACAACAACAAUAUCAGCAACGCUUUCAGCCAAAUUAUCACCUACAACCACAGUCUACUGCCGCUAGUUUUGACCCGCGAAACAUCCACCAACAGUCGAAAUUAUCCCCGCAAUACAGCAGCCAUCCGGUUUAUUCUGCUAGCAUUCCCCAACAACAACUGUCUCCAUUGGUGCAGCAGCCGGUACCUUCCGGCUCGAAUCUUGCCAGCAUCCUACAAGUAUUCCGUGCGGAGCAGCGCUUCCCGUCCGAUCACACACCGAACCGGUUGGACGUAUUCACCCGAUCGGUUAGUCUCGAUCGGAUAACCCCACCUCCCACGUCGUCAUCUUUCCCACCGGCCAAGCUCACCGUAAACAAUUUCCGUAAAAUCCAGCGACACCCUCCGGUAUCCUAUCCGAAAAAACCUCUGAUCACUAGACGAUCUCCCGGAUCACCGCCAUCGCCCCGUAUCGUGGACUCGAGUUACUCACCCUCCGGGUAUCAUCCGCACCAUCAACCACCGCAACCUCAGCCACCGUUCGCGCCAUCGGCGUUCGCCGUUGCCUCCAACGGGCUGCAGCAGGCGCUGCGGAGGCCCCCCAACAAGUCGUCCUUGAAACGGCAUGACGCCUUCCUCAAGACUCGCUCCAAAACUAUCUCGGACUUCUUCGGUCCCGAAUCAACCCCCAUCAGCCGUUUGUUAAACAUAAUAUGCCAAGAGAAGGAGGCGGAAAGAGCGUUAGCGAACAUGAGCAGUAGCAGCAACGGUAGAACGGGAAUCAGUAACAAGUUUACGGCCACCACCGUCCCCAAAGAUGCCGUCCUGUCGAAGAUUCCGAUGGCGGCGACGGCGCACCCGGCCGGUUCCUCUUCGACGAGUUCCUCUUCCGGUUCGUCGUCUGCAUCGACGCUUCCAUGGCGCUACCAAAGCAGCAGAGCUCGCAAAGAGAAUGUGAUUCCGACCGCGACGACAACCGCAUCCUCGUCGUCGGUGAACUCGGCAAGUAGCAGCAGCAGAAGUAAGGCGAUGGUCGAAUUGUAUGCUUCUAAAGACAUCGAUCGAAUAGCGAAGUACAAGGCUGACCGACGGAAGGCUAUCUAUUUAAGAAACACUGUCCAAGAAAAUGAAAAUGAAAGACUGGAACACAAGAAGAGAUCAUCAUCUCGACCGACUGCAAACGCUUCUACAUCAAGUGCAAUUCAUAGUAAAUCUCAGACAUCAGCAACUAUCCCCUCGAAAGCACCAUCAUCCUCGUCUACAGCUAAAACGACAGCAUCCUCAGCAUCGCGCAGUACAGCAACGCAAACGAAGCCGCAAACUUCGUCCUCUACCUCCAGUCUCGCAACUACUAGCACUAAACAACUUCCUCAACAGCAUAGCACACGGCCGCGAAGUAGUGCUGGAGAGGGCGGAGGUGGAUCUCUACCGUUGUCUCCCUUACAUCAGCAGCAGCGUAAACCCCGAAACCGUAGCGGUACGCGUUCGACGACGACGACUGCGGCAACCACUGAAACGAAAUCUCAGCAACUUCCGCUGCAACAGGCCAAACAACAACAGCAGCAGCAACAACAACAACCGAUACGAACCACUAGAUCAUCCAGACUUCGGGCCGCUGCACUAGAGAAAGACCGUGCCUCAUCAGCCAGCGGCGGUGCGAAAGCUUCAUCAGUGCUAUUCUCCACCGGUGUAAGUAGUCGAGACACACUGCAAACCUCGACCCUAUCGCAGCAGCAGCGCUCGAAAAUAUCCCCGAACCGAAAUAGCAGCGGCGGGAGCUCGAAACUAUCGCUGCCUCAUUCUGCCAGCGCCGGUAAUAGCAGUGGCAGCAACAGUAGUCAAACGUUUAGCACCAGUAGCAGCGGCAGCGCUAGCCAUCUGUCGGCUCACAUCUCCAUCGCAAGCAACAGCUCGACUAAUGCCCGCGCUAAAGCGCCAACGGUUAAGCAAGACCUCGCGGCAGCUGUGAAACCACGAAUGGUACCGACGAUAGCCGUCAGUAUGAAGCAGAAGCUGCGAGGAAUGACUGAAACUAUAAAACGUGAUAUUAAUCGUAACAAAACUAGCACCAGUAACAUAAGUAGUAGUAGCAGUAUUGGUAAGACGGUGACAUCGAACGACAACGGAAAUGAACAUCAGCCGGCAGACGUUGCCAACGUCCUAAAUGGUAAUGGUAAUAGCAUCGCCACGUCCGAAGGUGAUACUGAAAUUAAAAACAUCAACAAUAACAACGUCUUCGAGCCGGUAGUGAAAAAGUCCGAUAGUGAGGAUGCUUUUUUUGAACAGUUACCCCCUGGUGCCGGUGAUAACGGUGCCGUUUUGGCUGAUGAAAGGACAUCACGCGCAAAACUUGGUUCCAUCGGAAGCUUGAGCAGUCUGGAUUCUCCGACUGUCAUGAAUUCCCGAAUGCGAACUUCCACUAUGAAAUCAGGCGUUCGAAAUCAGUAUAUGGCGGCUGCUAAUACUGCAGCCACAGUGACAAAAGUGACUACUAUUGCAGCAACACAGGCACAGGCAUCCUUCGCGAAGAACAGUGAGUCGCUAAGUCCGGUACUAAGUGGUGCCGUUGAGCGAGACAAGUCGGACAAGCGCAAGUCGAAUCUUAACCGAUCCCAGCAUGAGGAAGCAACUGAUAAACGGCCCUCAUCGAUUGAACGACGUCGUCACCACAAAUCGGACAGGGCGACGCUUGGCAGCCCCGAUCCGCUGAAAUCACUCGACACUCGUACCGCUACGCCGCGUGCCAGCAAAUCACUGCGGAAGCCGAGCUCUUCGGAGAAAUUACCGUCGGUCGAAUCUCCAGCAGCUCUAUCACCACUGGCAAUGACCGGUAGUGCAACACCGCCGCGGCUGUCGUCACCCCUUCGGAAGGGAUCUUCCUUGCGCCAAUCCCCGAGCAGUUCUCAAUUAGCAACUGCCACCACUGCUAGCCCAACAACAUCUUCAUCCGCCCCAUCAAGCCCGGCCAGGUUUUCCUCUCUGCUCAGAAGGGCUAGCAAAACUCCGUCCCCCAUCCGCAAGCUGCCACAGCUUCGUCGAAGUCCGCCACAUUUGUUACAUUCAUCCAGUUCGAGUGCCACACUGGCUGUUGAAAUUGCCGCUGGCUCGCCUGGCAGUAGCCGCGAUCGGUUAGACGUUGUUAGAGUAGAUAGUAGAAUUUCUGCCAGCACUGGAAGUCAGGAGCAGGACUCGGAUACCCUGCCGGAUUCGCCGCUGGUGCAACCAUAUUCUAAAUUUAGUCAAAUGUUGAAAUCACCCACGCUGGAAAAAUGUCAGGAGGUGACUAUUAGACCGGUUCGAUUGCUAUUGGAGGAGGAAUUACAGGAAGAGCAACAAGAAGUGCCAUUGAAUGCGAAUGAGCCAGAAUCAUUGGUGCCUUUGGAAGCGGAAUUGGUGCUACCAGUGAGCAAUAACGAAGAGGAAGAAGCUGGCAAUCAACUUCAGGCGGAAGCCGCGGCCAGUGUUGUCGUAAUUGAGGACGAUGAAUCAGGUUUUAGAAUAGAUCUCGAGGAGGCAGGACCUUCCGGAUUGUGUCCAAUUGUGAUCGACGAUGAUGACGACGACGAUGUGGUAGAAAUUGAAGAAAUAGCAUUAGGGUCCUCACCGAGGCGUGCUAAUAAAAUAUUGUUCGACGAUAAAUUCAACGAUGAGUUUGUCGUCAUUGAAAAUAGUCCCAAAAGUCAUUUUAUACAAUCGCUUGAUGAGACUGACAUAAUAGUAAUUGGAGACAACGACGAAGACUACCCACCUAGGCCGGCUAGCAGUAUCAGCACCGGAACAGGCGCAGAAUUGUACGAGAAAAAGUUGGUGAAGAUGAGCUCGGUAGAACACUUCGAGAGUUUGCAUCAACGCAAGAGCUGCUCUCCGUUGCAUCGAAAAAAGAGCUUGUCGCCAAUUAUGAGGGCAAAAAGUAUGGAAGAGAAUCAUCUUUCCUCGUCUGGUUCAUCAGCAUCCAAUCAUAUCGUGUCGAUUUUAAAACGAAAAACGGUAGAAUCCAAUAGUUCCGCUUCUAGUAAUGCGUCGCCAGUCACCUUCUCGCCCAGUGUGGUAGACACGCCCAUUAGAUCAAACCGUCGCCAAGGCAUUCUAAAGAAACGCUGUUCGCUGGACGAAAGCAGAUACAGUCGGAGUCAUUCUCCGGACGACCGAAGUAUUCUUGUCAAACAUACACGCCGUAAUAGCUUUGAGGAUACCGGCAUCCAGCACGGAAUUCUUAAGCAAAAGAGCUACGAAUCAAAGGAGGAUGUUUCGUCAGCGGGUGUUGGCAGCGGAAGCACCACUGCCGUCAACUCCGUUGUCUCACAUGGUAUCCUCAAGAAGAAGACCGAUAGCUCCUCAACAUCCACACCCAACGAGCAACCAAAGCAUGUCUCCAUUUCGCAGGCAGUCAUUCUCGCCGCAGCAGAAAUCUGUCAGGAUAUGUUGCUUGAUCACGAACACGAUCACGAUAUCCGUCCGAUUUUGAAAUCGGAUUCGCAACCUCUGCCAACUCCAAAACCAAUUCUCAAGAAAAAGUAUUCCUCGGAGUCGGAAGAAAUUCGACCGAUUCUCAAAACGUCACGGAAAAGUAGCCGCGAGGAGAAUUCUGAUUCCGAAGAACUGAAGCGAUCUAUCCUCAAGUCUCAGGACUCCCCGGGCAAGCGUCGCUCCUACGGCGAAAGGUCCGAUUCGGGAGACUCUUGUAUUUCCAACGUACUGAUACGAAGCCGUUCACUAGAACAUCCGGAGCCGGUGCCGAUGGCACCGGUCGUACCGCAGGUACAGAGCAUUGAAAAACCAAUCAUUUCGGUGGCCGAGCGAAUCAAGCACAUGGAGAAAUUUUUGGCUGGACCUUCGAGCUCCUCUUCCGGUGCGGUACCGAAGAGAAGCAACAGCACCAACACCAAUGGGACCGCCAGUUCGCGAAGAGAAUCCUAUCGUUUCAAGACCCAGCCGGUGACGUCGACGGAGAUUGUUGGUGUGCAGCAGCAAGUUGAUCGGUUGUUGGGAGAAAAUCUUGAUGAGUCUGGCUCAAGUCUGGAAUCAAGCUACAAUCACGUGCUGACUGACGCCAGCUGUUUAACGCCAGAAUCUGUCCGCCCUCGAGGAUCGCUCGAAAAUCUCAUCUGCAAGGACAAGCAACCAUCGGAGGAUAAAAGUGUGGACCUUCUGUCGCCAACGCUCGCCACCGCCGAGUCCAACUCCCGCUCGAUCAGCGGAGAGUUCAACCUUGCCUCGCUGAGCUCCGACAGUGGUGUUCAAUUUGGCCGUGGCACAGCGGAGGAAAUUUCGGGUGCCGACAAUGUGUCAUCGUUGAAAACUAGUGACAGCGAAAAAUCUCCAUCAAAGAAAACCAUCGACGAUGAUUUGAACGAGCUCGAAGAGGAAGACGACGACGACGAGGACGAGGAAAACGAGGAACACCUCCAGAUUAUCGAAGAGACUGAAGGACAGCAGCGAAUUUUGUUGAGUCCAUCCAUUCAUACGGAACGUACCACCGAUAGUCGCAGACGCGUACCCACCAGAAAAUCGUCCAGUUGUUCCAGUAGUAGCGGGUCCAGUGAUUUGAGUGACCGCGAAGAACAGAGAAUGUACACCGCUGGUGCUAGUCAGCACCAUCAGAACCAGCGGGAAGAUUUGUAUACACCGAUAAGCGAUCAGGACGACGAUUUGUUCGGUCGACCGCGGUCCAACAGUGUACGGGCUCGUGCGAAUAUGUUCCAACAGAUGGGAAGCCGUAUGAAGGAGAACGAGUGCCCAUCGCUUCAACCGGGUCGAGCACUACCGACGACGAUUGCGCCUCACUUUGCGACGCAAAUCAUCUCACCGACGGAUAUGGAUCGUAGUCACAAUAAUUCCGGUUCCACCAACAUCAUCGGAACUUUUGGCAGCAACAACAACAACAAUGUUUCAGAUGACUCUGGCACCGAAUUUGAUCCCUCGACACUGCAGGUAUCGAAGAAGAUCAAGCUAUUUUCCGGUGGUCGGCAAUCUUCCGUUCUCAACGGCGGGGUGAACUCGACGGCAACGCUUGUUGCCGCGAACGGCGCAAUUAACACCGCCGAUGGCGGCCACGCUGCACUCAAGAAAAAACCGAUGAAGUUCCGUACCAUUGGGAAGUUGAUGAUACCAAAGUUUUUGAACGACAACAAUAACAAUAUUUCGAAUUCCACACCCCCCUCGGCCAACGGUGGUGUAGACUUCAACGAAUUGCAGGGUGAUCUAAUGAGAAAGGCAGAAGACAAUGUGAUCCAAUACUGCACACUGAAAGUCGAACACAUUCGAAUGAAGUUCAUGGGGUGUUCGUCGACGCCAGUCUUAGACGAAGAACGAUCGGCAGUCGAAGGUGAUGACGGUAGCGAUUCUAACGUGGAGUCCGGAAAAGAAAAUCAUUACGAUAGCGGCGGAGAAUACGGUGUCACCAUGGGCGGUUGUUGUGGCGGAAUUGCAGCUUUGAAGAAAACUUUGCUAAAUAACAAUCGAUCUCAGAACAAAAGCAUUUUGUUGAAUUCGUCCGCAGAUUUAGAGGAAGUGGUUGCGAAAGGAAAAGUUUCAACCAUGGCUAAACAGUGGAAUAGACUGCGAGCGAUGACACUGGAUGUUUCGGUGAUCAAACGAGCAUCGAUACAAGAGCGAGCUUGCGAAAGCCUUCCUUUGGAUGUAGACAGCGAUCACUUCGGGACGAACAAUUCUUCACUCACGGAAAAAAGCUCGUUUACGGCGAACAAAUCGAAGCGUCGUGAUUCUCCGCAGGUUGACGAUAGAAUAGCAAAAUAUUUCGGACUGAAAACGCAGCAAAGUGAGCAACCAGAUAAAGCUGUCCAACAAGAGACCCCUAAAUGCCGACGACGAUCGCGUUCUCUGCCCCGAGGGAAUCCACCCGCGCUUCCUCCACAACUCCCCAAAGAGGAACGAAUCAACAAGUAUUUCGGUAUGAAUAAUAGCUUUUCCGGUAGUUCCUCGCCACAGGCAAGCAAACCACGUGCAAUAGUCAAACCACAACAACGCCCGGUUGUCAACCAACAGGUUGAUCUCACUGAAACGCCUAAAGGUUCCGCCGUCACUGCCGGCGGCAGACGUCGCUCUCUGUCCGCACCAUCGGAUAAGUACUUCGAAGAACUGGCCGCUACGCUGAACAUGGCCAACGCAAGGGAUCAACACGCGGCAAGCUUUUCCAUUUUAACUGCUGAAGGACACCCGCUGGGUUCGCUCAAGUUGAUAAAGAACUUCGAAGAUUUCAAUCUCACGGCGGAGGACAUCUCGAUGGCGGAGACUGAAUUCGACAAACUUUACGUAGACCAAGUUACAAGCCCUCGUAAGCCACCGUUUGCCUACCUGCCUCCAACAGCCCAGCAACUACAGCCAUCCGUGUCGGAAUUGAAAAAGGGUAUCCUGAAAUCUAAGUCCGGAUGUGUCGGCCUGUUUCCUUCGGAUCUAAACUCCGAGCUGAAAUCGCGCCUGAAAAAAUCGACUCACUCAUCGGUUAGUAAUCUCAAAAAGUCCACUACCGUAUCCAGCAUCGCAAACGAUGCCCCCCGUGUUGGCUCCUCGUCCGACGACGAGGAUGACGGUGUCGCGCCCGGUAAGAAUCUCGCGAAAAUGCUACGUAACGUUUCGAACACUGCCGCGUCGUCGUCGGUUGCCGGUGGAUACGUGCCACCGGGUGGGGUUGCACUUUUCCCACCCCCGUCGUCAGUGGCGCUACCAACCGCGUUCGCGCCGCUUAAUAAAAGUGAUUACGCCGCGAGUGGUACGACCAGCGAUGGAGAACAUCCAGCUAGUAGCCGCGGAAAUGUGGACUCCAUCCUGAAGAACCCAGCUGUGGCACGGCGCAGACGGCAGAAUGAAGGCUACAAGCAGCAACUGGUGAAAAGCAAGAGUCAGUCGGAGCUUGCCACCUUCAUUCCGGCGUCGGCCAUCAUUUACCACAACACGGCGAAACCAUUCGGCGGCCCCGUUGGCAUCGGUGGUGCUCGCCCGGGCGGAAAUGACCCAGUGAGUAUCGGCGGAGGAGGUCCCAUUGACCCGCGGACGGUGGCGGCCAACAGUUUCCACUGCCAGCCGACGACGGUCGAACAGCAGGAGCACCAUCCGGUGACAGGCUUCCUUGGGUUGCGGCGCUGCUUGACGGAAGAGAUGCGUCCCGAUCAGGAAUCAAUGGUUAAAAGUGUCUCGAUCGCCGAACGGCUGGCGGCACUGCAGAAGAGCGGCGAGGAUGAUUGGCGGAAGCGAAUUGCCAAAAAGGAUGUCACCGACGACGUCCGGCGGGAGAAUUUAGUCAAUAAUGCCAUCCUGGUUGCAAAAUCGCUCGAGAGUCCGGUUAAGAACAGCACGCCGCGUCCGUUCAGUCGGCCCGCGGACGUGGAAGGCGGUAACAUUUCCGACCGGCUCGGAAAGAUUAAAACGUCUUCGGAGAACUGGAAGAAUCGUGUCGAACUCUCGGAUGCCACCAACUUCACGGUGGCUGGCCGAAUGGCCGCCGCCAAAGCACCCAAGUUGCCGUUCAUCAAAUCCGACAGUAAGCAGUCGCCACCGAUGAAUGUGUUCCGCAGUGUCAACCCGCCACAGCUGGGUCUAGCCAAGAGCCCAUCGAUGAUGGUGUCUUCGGUAAGCACCUCCUCAAUGCUCUACAGUCCCUCAGCCAUCUCGAAUGGACCAUCACCACCGGCUACGGGUCCCGUAGCGGCACUGGCCGCCGUGGGCCAGCAACUAUCUAGUCACCUCAGUCAACAAAGAACCGGAAGCGUAGGAGUGGACAGUUUAAUGAAGCGUAGCAUUAGUGUGCCCGGUGUGCCUUCCUGUGCUACCGGGGUAGCCGGUGGGGAUCUUAAGUCCCAUGCUGCCGGCGGUUCAAAGGUUUCAAUCCCAAAGCUGGACGACGAAAGCUUUGGCAACUUUUUCACCAAAGUCGAGAAAACCGUAUCAGCUACUAGCGCCAUUACCAGCAGAAGCAGCUUUGCCUCCUUCAACAGCAGCCAUAGUAGCGGUUCCGGGGCGGAGGUUGUCAUCGGAGAUUUCGACACGCUGAAGGUCGACAGCCAGCAGCGGUUAACGCAGAAAAAGGUCAUACAGGGUCCGAAGCGGCGCGGAGCGAUGUCAAAGAAUCCACUGAAGAAGCUAGCAGCCAGAGACGACCUGCAGACCGAGUACACCGAGAUCAAAACAGGUAUCGCCGACAAAGAGUUGAAGAGACUCAAACUAGAAUCAAUCGCCAAGACUAGCAAUUUGGCCAUUGAAGCGCUCGCCGGGUUAGCUUCCGUGGAGGAUUUCAAGUCGGUCGCACUAAAAUCUAGCACCCUUCCGCUGAACCAGAGCUUCGUCCCGUACCGAACGCUGAUGUUGCUGCACGUCAAGGGCCGCCGCCAUGUGCAGACGCGACUGGUGGAACCAACGGCACGGUCUAUCAACCGAGGCGACUGUUUUGUGCUCGUUACUCCGGAUCGCCUGUUCGCUUUUCUUGGCCAGUACGCGAACGUUAUCGAGCGUUCCCGAGCCAAGGAAAUUUGUGACGUGAUCGUGCGCGAUAAGGAUCUGGGAUGUGGAGCGGCGGCCGCGACGAUACUGAACGAUGGAAAGUUUUGCAACGAACGACAGCUGCGGGAGUUUUGGAAACUGUUGGGUCGGGGACAGGAAGACGAGCGAGCGGAAGUUUGCGAUGCUGGCCACGCCGACGAGGAUGAGCUAAUCGAAAGCUGCCUGAUGGAGACGAAUAAAGUGUACGAGUUUGACGAUGAUAUGCUGGUGCCGUUGGAAGAAUACUGGGGUGCUGUGCCCAGGAUUGCAAUGCUGGAUCCGAAGAAAAUUCUCGUGUUUGAUUUUGGCAGUGAGCUGUACAUUUGGAAUGGCAAAAACGCAACCGGGGAAGCGAAGAGAGCGGCCAUCAAACUGGCUCAUGAAAUGUUUGCACAAGAAUACAGCUUUGACAUGUGCCAGCUGAAUCCGAUUAAUUUCCCGGAGCUGUCGGGUGACCGACAGAGAGAUGCUAGACGAGUGUCGAAAGCGGGCACGGUACGUCCCGAAUGGUGUCUGAUUGCUAAAGUUACCCAACACAUGGAAACUGUUCUGUUCCGGCAGAAGUUUAUCGAUUGGCCAGAUAUUACGGUUCAGUUGAAGGACGAUGGGUUCCAGCUGGGGGAUACUCCUAGCUUGGAAAUUAAGCCGGUUGAUGGUAAACGGUUGUUUGAAGGGGAACCCUAUGUGGAGCCGAACUUGGUACUGGAGAACACAAACCUGGGCAGAGGUAACUUUUAUUACGACACAGACUCGAUGCGUCAUUACGAUGUACUUACGAUUUCGGUGACCCAGUGGGAGAUCGACGAGUAUGAGUAUAAGGAAAUUCAAGGCAGCUCCUGUGGACAUUUUUACGCUGACGAAAGUUACACCGUGCGCUGGACGUAUCAGGUGAGUGUUACCGUGAGGGAACUCAGUGGAAAGGUAUCCAAUAGAAGCACCGUCGUGGGUCGUGAUCGUUGUGCUUAUUUCUGUUGGCACGGCUUAGAUGCUCCAGCCAACGAAAAGGGAGCUGCUGCCCUGUUGACCGUCGAGUUGGAUAAGGAAAAAGGUGCUCAGGUUAGAGUCUCACAAGGUCAAGAAUCAUCCGCUUUCAUUCGACUGUUUAAAAUCAUGUUCAUUCACAAGAGCAAAAAGGCUCCUCGAAACGCAUGGCGGUUGUACAUUAUUACCGGUAACUACCCGGAGGAGACGGUGUGCACCGAAGUGACCUGCAACGCACGGCAGCUCCGUUCGCGUACGACGAUGGUGCUUGUACAUGGCGAAAAAGGACGCGUAAUUUUGUGGAACGGCUGCAAAGCACUUCCUCACACUAGGGAGGUUGGAAAAAAUGUCCUCAAUGCAAUCAUCCAGAGUCGAUUCAGUGAAUUAUUCGACGAAACUCUUACCACGAUCAGCUCCGCCACACUGGAGGAAGGUCAAGAAACGCACGAAUUUUUAGAAGCCAUUGAAGGCAGUCAAACUCGUCACCAGUACCACUCGCUGCUUGGUUCCCAGCAGGACUUCCGCUUCACCCCUAGAAUCUUUAACUUGACCAGUAUCAAUAAUGGUAACUUUGAAGCUACCGAGUUGCAGUACAAUCUACGCUCGCAGGAUUUACCAUCGCCCUACCCAUUCCGGCAGGAUGAAUUGUAUAACGUUCGACAGCCAACGAUCUUCAUGAUCGACAACGGUCACAUACUGUGGCUGUGGCAAGGCUGGUGGCCGACAGAGGAUGGUGCAGGAAGCGAUAGUGGUAGCAAUAGUGGCAGCGAGAAUCACAGUAGUUUCGACAGUAACCGUUCUGGUGAGAAUCGUUGGCAAACCGAACGGAAGGUGGCAAUGGAAACCGCCGUCGCUUAUUGGAAUGCAAAACAUUCCAACGCUCCCAGGCAGCUGAUUCUUGACGAGAUUGCAGUUCACAAUGGCAACGAAAAUGGUGGUACUAAAACGGAACCGGGGCUACCGGACGAGAACGGAAACGGAGCUGUCGAUGAAGUUGACGUUACCAUUAAGAAGCGGCCAGCUAGCGGUGAUGAGCCGAAUGAUGAGAAUUGUGAUAAUACAACGUCGUUGCGUAACGGUGUGGAUGGUGGUGUUCCGGGACAGAAGCAACUGCCGCUGGCCGACGGAAUCAACGGGUACGUGGUUUGGGCUGGUUUGGAACCGCUGGAGUUUAUCGCUAUGUUCCCGGACUGGGAGCAGCGAGAUGACGUCGCCGAGAUUAAUGUGCAGGAUGGCCGUAAAUCCGCCCCGCAACCGAUCGCCAGCAGCCUUUCGCUUCUGUCCCGCAAGGAGUACCCACUAUCGGUGCUACUGGAGCGUCCUCUUCCCGAAGGUGUCGACCCAACCAAGCUGGAGCUGUAUCUUCACGAGCAGGACUACCAGGAAGCGCUCGGUCUGACGAAGGCCGAGUUUGACCAGCUGCCCGCCUGGAAGCAGACCAAGCUCAAAAAGGAGCGCGGGUUGUUCUAGAAAUAUCACCCACAAAUUAAUUCUUUACCAUGAAACACAAGGCGGAGGUGCACAGGCCGAUGCUGUGCUUAGAGAUUUUAACCAUCACUAUUUUCUAUUUUUUUGGUCUUUGUUUUAUACGUUCGUCUGAAUCUUUCCUGGCUUUCCGCGGGCAGGUGAGCAGGACUGACAGACACGAUCAAAUUUUCGAUGCGAUCGACUUUAGAAUUUUUUAUUUUGGUAGUCGCUUAUUUUUGUUAGAAACUUUUUGCUUUUUUAAACAGUGGCGCUCUCAGCCGAUUUUCUACGUCGGUGUUUGUGCUAGUGUUUUAAAAAGGAUCGAUAAAAGCUGGGAGCGCCUCUUGGGAUAUCAAAUUAUGCACACGAAAAUAUACAUUAAAAAAAAAACAAUUCUAUAACUGAGAUUUCUUCUAGUUCCAAAAUAGAUUUCAUUUAGCUGCUCUGCUUUAUUUUAAAUUGGAAAAAAAAAGUUCUGACUGCGACCUACAUUAGCUGGGCAUAAUAUAAGUAACGAAUCCUGGAGUGUGGAACCAAUUCAACCUAUCUAAUUGAACCUUAAAGCGCAGACGAUUUCAUUUCCGACAGCAGCAUACAAACUAAAUAUAUGCAUAGGUUUUCUCGCCAUAAACAAAAAACUUCAAACAAGAGUGUAAAAAUGUAAUUGUAGUAAUGUUAGUACUGUGUAUAUUCUGUAGUCGCUUAACAUAUUGGAUUAUUAUGGUGUUUUUGUUUGUUAUUGUGUGAAGCAGCCACUUUUUCCCCAGCUAUUUGUGUAGAUUUUGUUUUGUUUUUCAAUAAAUUAUUCGAUGCAAGCAAGCAAACAAAGCCAACCCCUUCUCUCUUGCAGUGAUAGCGAUGUAAGGAAGUAUGUUUUAUUAGUAAACUAUAUUAGCUUUUAGUGCGAUUGAGCAUCUUCUAACUACGAAAAGAAGCCCGUACUUAAGAAAUAAAAAAAAAACAGCAACGAACUGAAAUUCGUGACACACUGUGAAUUGUGACACACCAUUGUGGAGAAGACAUUUUAUAUGAAAAAAAAAAACAAACACUUUUUAUGCAAACAUGUGUGUGCUGUAACCGAAGCGAAGAAAUAAAUAUUAACAGAGAAAAAGCAAGAGGCAUUAUCAACUCUGUGUUCCAUAAUAAAACGAACAUUACGAUUAGCCCACGAAAACAAAAAUAAAUCCCAUUAUUAGAGACGAUUGGCAUUGUACUGCUGAAAUCAAUUGAAAAAUUGCAUAUACACAUUUACGAGAGUAACACACAUUUACUACGCAGCCAGAACAGUAUACACACUUUUUUCUAGAACAAAACAAAAAAAAAACGCAAUAAACACAAUCAUUAAUACAGCCUCAUCUACUAGUGUAAAUGAUUACAUAGUACUCAUAAUCAACUUCUACCAUUGAAAGAAAACAAUAUACACAUAUAAAAGUCAGAAUACGACAAUGAAAGUUUCCCAACCGCAUAAAAGAACAGACAAGUGUGAUGAAAUCAGUUGGCCCAGUUUGAUUUACCAAAAUAUCAACCGAACAUUUAAAAAAACUUAAACUAAUUUCCACCGUCAUUAAAAACAAUAGGUAGCAAACAAACAAAAAACACACACACUGGAAGAUGUCAACCAAUUUUUUAUAUGUUUCUUCGAAAAUUGUAGUGAAUUUGAUCGAGGAACAGACGACAGAAGAAGGAAGGAAGUCGCCAUGGCUGACGGACAUAAUUUGUAUGAAACUAAAGUGCGAACUACUGCUGCAUGCAACAGUACAUAAGAAAUAUCACACUGAAAAACACAACUUUUUACCAACAA